CAAGCGAAGAUCAUCCUCCUGAUCCACUCAACACACUCAAGUCACGCCUCAAGGCUUGGAUCAUCGGAAAUAUGGUAACUUUCAGGGUAUUCGAGGGAAAGCUCGCCAUCGUCACUGGCGCAUCGCGCAGCUUUGGUGCCGUCUGCGCCGAGCAUUUCGCCAGCAGGGGCGCCAAUGUGGUCAUCGUCUAUGCCACUGAAGGCUCCAACGAGCGAGCGCAGACACUAUCCAAGGGGUUCGAGGACAAGUACAAAAUCAAGGCGCUGCCGGUCCACGUCGACCUGAGCACGGCCGACGGGCCCCAGAAAGUGGUCGACGCCGCCAGGGCGCACUUCACCAACUCAGAGACGGGCAGGUUUCAGAUCGACAUCAUUAUCAACAACGCCGCUGUCGUCAACGCCCAGGGCCUGGCCGAGCUCGACGUCGACCUCUUCCAGGCCACGUUUGACCUCAACUGCCGCGCGCCCGCGCUGCUGAUCAAAGCGGCGAUCCCGUACCUGCCUACCGAUCGCUCAGGCCGCAUCGUCAACAUCUCGAGCGCCACGACCACAUGGGGCGUCUGGUGGCAGACGUCCUAUGCGGGGACAAAGGGUGCCCUCGAGGCCAUGACGCGCGUUUGGGCUCGCGAGCUUGCCGAGCGUGCUACAGUGAACAGUGUCGCUCCUGGCCCGAUGGACACCGGUCUUUAUUCGAGCUUGCCCGAUGUGCCUCGCGAGGCACUCAAACCGUUCAACCUCCUCACCCCGCUAGGCAACCCCCGACCUGACAUCGACAGCCAGGAGGUCCUUGACCUUGCGGCGAGCAUCGGCUGUCGCCCAGGUUACCUGGAGGAGGUUGCCGGCAUCGUAGGCAUCGCUUGCUUGCCAGAGAGUGGGUGGAUGACCGGUGAUGUCCUAGGCGCGAACGGUGGCGGCGCGUUUGUCCGCUGAGCUUAUCUCCUGAGGUCUAUGUAUCCCCCGUAGACAUUAGCUUUGCGAUGUCAGUAUCCGGUGGUCGGGACUAUGGGAGAAGGUAUUAUAGCGACUAUAAAUUGGCAUCCAUGUUGAAACUACGGAAGGUUAUGCCCGCCAACGAACGCUCUGGACUGGUCUAGAUAGGUAGAACGACGCUCACAUUCCUUCCCAGAUUUGUUUACUGGGAACGCGUUCCACCACGACUACCUAUUCUGAUCAAUCGUUGCUCAUAGCUCUAUUGGCAGGUGUGUCCCGAAGAUUGAAUCCGGUGCAAAGCUUUGCGGGGAAUCCAGUGCGAAGCGUUCUGGCGAUUGGCAUGUGAUCACAUUGCAAACAUCAAGUGUACUGGGGUCAACAUAUUAUGAC